UCCAACUCCUGUAUAGAGGAGUCCUGUAUCCAGGACUCUGUAUAGCUCCAGCUUUGAAUAACUGCAGCGCUCAAUAUCUCCAGCUUUAUAUGUCUACCUGUCUAUAUAUUUCCACCCCAGCUCUAAAUAUAUGUAACUCUCUAUAUUUCCAGCUCCAUGUAUGUGCAGAUUGUCUAACACCUCUGCCUGGGGCAGGGAUGCACGACCUCCUGGCCACAGGCUCUUUGCUGGCGGUGGACCCAGACAGGCUCAUCAUCAAGAGGCUGGUGCUUAGCGGUCACCCCUUCAAAAUUUUCAGCAGGACGGCAGUCGUGCGGUACAUGUUCUUUAACAGAGAGGAUGUGCUGUGGUUUAAGCCCGUUGAGCUGAGAACAAAAUGGGGCCGCAGGGGACACAUCGAGGAGCCACUAGGGACCCAUGGCCACAUGAAGUGCCACUUUGAUGGACAGCUGAAGUCCCAGGACACGGUGCUGAUGAACCUGUACAAACGCGUCUUUCCCAAGCGGACGUAUGACCCGUAUGUGCCAGAGCCGGUGGCGUGGGUGAGAAACGAGGAGCCUGCCCCCAUGCCAGAGGUGGACACGGAGCAGCUCUUCGGAACCCGCGUCCAGGAUUCCCGAGGAGUCUCCUGGGUGCAGGCGUGUGUUAGCGUAGUGCCUUCCCACGCUGCUGCAGCCUCCGUUGUAUCUAUUUCAGUGGCAAAUAUACGGUGCAGCCUACAGAGGUCCUAGCGCUUGGCUUAUUUUUGGGAGGUGGCUGUUGUGUUCUCAGGUGUGGCAGCUUCUGGACUUUGCAGGCUGUGCUUGCUCUCUCCUUGGGAAGUUUGAAACCCCACAGAUUGCACCAGGACACCUGUGCGUCCUCCUGUUUUCUUGAUACGUUAGGAAGGAGCCCCAGCUGGCUCUAUCCUGCCGGAGCCCAGGCUCUCAUUGUAGGGGAGCUGGCUGGUCUCCAAGCUCUGUGGGCAUGGGCUGUGCACGGGCCUGGCUGCCAGAGCUCUCUGGCUCCGUCCCCUGCUUUGGCCUACUUUGGACGGACAGGGCAGAGCAGGGCUGCGGCAUUACAGGUUGUGCACGCCCUGCAGGGAAGAGCUCCCCCUGCUUCCUCAAAAGCCAGGCCCUUUUGUGCUGAGUGGCCUCUGGUUUACGAGUAGCUGGAGCUUCCCUGGUACAAACAGCAGCAGCGCAGAAAUGCCCGGGCCCUGUGUCCCCUCCCUGGGGUAGGUGGCUCCACAGGCCACUCGUUUCCUGCAGCUUCUUUGCCCCAAGCUCCGAUGAGCCAGGCCAGGGAGCCCAGGUCCACAUUCCCUCCACGCAGCAUGAUGCA